UUUGGCAACGACACAUCUCUCUAGUACACAUCGAGAAAGUUAUUGACAAUCGGGGCAACGGAGUCGCGUGGUGCGAUACGGUCAGUCGGUCAGUCAUCUGAACUCGUACAGUUCAUCUUUGUAUUUUAUCACCUGAUUCACCACGAUGAGUGAAAAAAGUUUUGCGAAAGAAACUCAAGAAUCCGGAGAAAGUGAUUUGCGCAAAGGAGAAGAAUUUGUAGCUGAAAGUCUGGAAAUUUAUUCUAAAAAUGUAAGGAAAAAUAGUCGAAUAAGGGAUUCAAUUGAUAGGAUCAGUGCAUUACCGGAUUGCUUACUUGUUCACAUCAUAUCUUUUCUGGGUUUGAAGAAAGCUGCUGCUACAAGUAUUCUGGCUAAAAGAUGGCAGUUUCUUUGGGCUGAAUUGCCGAGCCUCAAAUUUGAAUUUGCUGAUUGGGGUAAGUAUGAGGUAACUAAGACUACAACUGACUUUGUGGCUUGGGUUAAUAGGAUCAUUGCUACUCGUCGUGGACAUUAUCUUGAAAAGUUGAUAGUUGUUUUCCAUUACAAGGAAUGCUUUGCUCCGGAUGUUGAUAACUGGCUGGAAUUUGCUAUAAAAAAUAAGGUGAAAGAAGUUACUUUGAAUACUAGCUUCAGCGAACACUACAUUCUCGGUGAAAUGAUGUAUUGUAAUUCAUCAUUGACAUCAUUGUCUUUGAAAGGAUGCAUUUUGGUUCCUGGAAGAACAAUCGAGUGGUCAUCUUUGACUAAAUUACAGUUAUCAUUUGUGGAUUUGCCUCAGUCUGUAGUUGAAAAGAUACUAUCAGGUUGUCCAGUUUUGAAUUCUUUGGAUCUGAGUCAUUGUUGGGGAUUCACUUGCUUGGAGACCAACUCUAAAAAUUUCUGUCAGCUGCGGGUGUAUGAAAAUGAAAACGAAGGAUAUCAAGGAAGUCAAGCUCUCUUGCAAAUUUCAUCACUCUAUAUAAAACAGUUAAAUCUCCGGUUGUCUCCUAUACGAAGACAGUUGAAGCUAAAAAACAUUGCAUCCCUUGUUAGUGCUAGUUUUAAUUAUUGUGAUCCAUUUAGGCAUUUAACCGCUGACGAUGUGAGUAAUGCGAAGGAAGUUUUUGAAAAGAUUGAGCAUGUCAAGGAGCUUGAUUUGGGGCCUGGACCUGUUAAGGCUCUAGCUGGGUUGGUGCUUACUGGUUGGCUAUUUCCAAAAUAUAAGCUAAGGUGGUUGAAAAUGGAAUUGUUACGUAAUGCUUCAAAAUCCAUACCUGGCAUCUUGGGUCUGCUGGAAUCUUCACCAGACAUUGAGACAUUGGUCAUAGGUGCUAAAGUCCCAUUUAGAUUGGACCAUGACUGGGCCCCACCUGCAAAGGAUAAUUUGGUUUGUGACUUAUUGCGCUUGAAGACGAUCAAAUUCAUUAGCUUGGUAGAUCCACAACUUGAUGGUGAACCAUUGCUCACUUUGGCCCGAAUCCUUCUUAAGAGGACACCAGUAUUAGAAGAGAUGAGCGUAUAUAUCGAUUGGGAACACAUAGAUAACUAUGUCAAGAUAGAACAAACCUUGCUCAGUUACCCUAGAUCCUCACCAAAGGCUGUCAUCCAUCUAUUAAAUUAUUGACUUUUAUGUGUUUAAUUUCUCUAUGUAAAGCAUUUAGUAUUCUCUGCCUGUUUUUUCUAUUUUGCCUAACUUGCUACUAGUUGACUUUCAGUAUUUGUGGUAGAAGAUUAUUAAUGGGCAUGUAAAAACAAACCUUUCCGUGCUGAAUAUCUUGGCACCCUUUGCUUGGUA